ACUGUUCUGACCAGCAAAAGAGCCAUAUUUGAAGUUUUUCUCCCAGAUUUCUCCACAUAUUUAUCCUCCAUCAUGGAGGCGCUUGGGGGAUACCCCACCAAAUCAUCUGCUUCUAAAGCAGGACUGUUCAAGGUUUUACUGAGUGUGGCCGUGUGCAUGGGCUCACUGUACCUACUGCAAAGUAAACUGUCAAAGUCGCGAAAAGCCAAAGAUUUCUACUCGUAUGAAGUGAAGGACGCGAGAGGCAGAGCUGUCUCACUGGAAAAGUAUCGAGGGAAAGUCUCUCUGGUUGUAAACGUGGCGAGUGGAAGCGAGUUAACGGAGCAGAAUUACCGGGCUCUGCAGGAGCUUCACCGGGAGCUCGGCACGUCUCAUUUUAACGUGCUCGCGUUUCCCUGCUCGCAAUACGGUGACACCGAAUCAGGCACCAGUCGAGAAAUCGAGGCGUUUGCCAAAUCCAACUACGGUGUAACGUUCCCCAUCUUUAGCAAGAUCAAAAUAAUGGGGUCUGAGGCGGAGCCCGCAUUCAGAUUCAUAACAGAUUCAGUACAGAAAAUGCCGAAAUGGAACUUCUGGAAGUUUCUUGUGAGUUCGGAAGGCCAGGUGGUGCGUUUCUGGAAGCCGGAGGAGUCCAUAGAGGACAUUCGAAAGGAAGCCACAGCCCUUGUGCGGAAUAUAAUACUGAAAAAAAGACAGGAGCUAUGAUGUGCACAACCCCCCUCAGAGACUCAUAAGUGAAGCAUUGUGCACAUUUAAGUGCGUAUAGAUCAUCUGUGGUCAAAUGCGGAGGGCUUCACCUACAUUGACAUCAAUGAGAAUGAAUAAUUCUGGUUAAUGUGAAUGAUACUGACAGAAGAUGAUCGCUUGAGGCCUGGCUUUGUGUUCUUGUGUAUUUAAUAAAAUUUUACAUUUUGUCAUUGGUA